AUGUCGGCCCACUCCGGAGGGAAUGGGGAGGGUCCGGACGCAAAGGAAAACAUAAUUGGAAAAGGAAUCGGAAGCGCGAUAUCGGGCCACCAUAUGAAAGGACGGUAUGAACCCUUGGAAAGCCACGACAACGCAGAAGGAUGGGGAAUUGUGCACCUUUACAGAGAUUCAGAAGAGACGGCAGGACUCUAUAAAGACUCGGUUUACAGAUCAAGUGAUUUUUGGAGCGACGGGCUGCGCAAUCCCCCUUCAGGGAAGCCACAUCCUCCUCCCAAAGAUGAGGAGUGUACAACACUGUGCAUCCUGGCGGUUCCAUCUUAUAUGACGCCUUCUGACUUUCUCUCCUGGGUGGGCGAGGACACGAGAAGCGAAGUCAGCCAUUUCAGGAUGGUGCGGACCUCAAGAGCAAACCGCUACAUGGUUCUCAUGAAGUUUAGACACGGCAAGAAGGCAAGAGAGUGGCAGCAUGAGUGGAAUGGCAAGGUUUUCAACAGCAUGGAGCCAGAGACCUGCCAUGUGGUGUUUCUCAAGUCGGUGGAAUUGAUCCAGACUUCGUCAUCCGUGAACCAGAGCAGUGGGCCGAGCUCCCCUACGACCAGCUACCCUCGGAUGUCGAAUGAUCCUUUUAUUCCAGCCUCUACGACUACGAAACCACUGGCACCUCGGACCCCGUCCCUAGUCGAAUUACCCACCUGUCCCGUUUGCCUGGAGCGCAUGGACGAAACCACUGGCCUUCUGACUAUACCUUGCCAACACGUGUUUCAUUGUACAUGCCUGGAGAAAUGGUCUGGCGGCGGUUGUCCCGUCUGUCGGUAUACUCACGACGACUUCUCGUCGCGAUUGGCCUCACACAAAUUCAAGAGCAAAACAUCUACAGGGGAAUAUGAACCAUACGAUGGCCCACUAGAGUGUGAAGUCUGCCACGUGGACACAAGCCUAUGGCAGUGUCUCAUAUGCGGCAAGAUUGGUUGCGGCAGGUAUGAAGGCAAACAUGCCUAUGCACAUUUCGAAGAAAGUGGGCAUACGUUCAGCAUGGAUCUGGAGAGUAAGCGAGUCUGGGACUACGCUGGCGACGGCUAUGUUCAUCGAAUCAUCCAAGAUGCAGCCAAACCGGGCGAGAAGCUAGUCGAACUCCCAGGCAGACGACGGGAACCGACCGCUCUUCACGGAGAGGAGGAUCUCGAGGUUGCUAAAAUGGACAAUAUCGCCCUGGAGUAUACGCACUUGCUUACAAGCCAGCUGGAGAGUCAGAGGGUGUACUUUGAGGAAGUUGUCCAGAGAGCCGUGGACAAAGCCUCAGAAGCAACCAAGAAAGCAGAAAGGGCCAUGGAGGAAAGUCGUCUCGCUACUGAGAGACUGUCUGGUCUGGAAAACGAACAUGACCUCGUCGCCAAGGGUCUCGUUCCAGAGCUUGAAAAGGAAAAAGCACGACUCGAAAAAAGAAGUGCAAAGUUUGAAGAGAUGGCCAGAACAAUCAACCAAAAAUACCAAGAGGAGAAGGCAUUGACAAAGUCUCUCAUGAAGAGGAUCGAGCACUACGAGACUUCCCAGGAGACGCAAGUGGAAAAGCUAAAGCAGACGAUCCAGAGAUUGGAAGAAGAAAAUGCUACAAAGGACUUGUUAAUGGAAGGACUCAGAGAGGAGCACCGUGAUGCCAUGAUGCAGAUCUCCGCCCAGCGAAAGUUGCAGGAGAUGGUGGAGAAAGGAGAGCUGGAUAAGGAGGAUCUGGAGGGCGCGGUCAUUGAAGCUGGACCGGCUCCAGCCCCGAAGAGAACGAUGCAUGGAGGAAAGGGACGGAGAGGUGUGAUAAACAAUCCAAGCCGCAGCCUUGAAGCAUCAAAAUCUUCUUACAACCAGCAACCAGCAACAACAACCACCACCACCGCACACCCAACGUCCUCCUCCGCUUCCAAAGGCAAACAACCCGAGGAAGUCCAAUCCAUCUACGACGACAUCUUCGGCGACAGCUCCCGGAGCCACGACUGGGACGAGGAGAAAGCGAAGAAGAUCCUCGACGAGUGUAAGGCCCAACUGCUCGGCGAAGGUCUCCUCGUGCCCUCGGCGUCGGCGUCGGUGCCGCCUACUUCGACAUUCUCGCACGUCGAAACUGAAGGCAGUAAUAGUGAUGCCGAGAUCGAUGGCGAAGAGGGCGGCGAAGAAAAGGCCAAGGCUAAGGGGUCCGCGCGGAAGAGAAAGGGGAAGAGGAAAUCGAAGAAGUGA